GCGGCGGGGUGUGAGUCCGCAGCCGGGCGCCGAGAUGGUGCAGCUGUACAACCUGCACCCGUUCGGGUCGCAGCAGGUGGUGCCUUGCAAACAGGAACCCGAACGUUUCUGCGGCGGGGGGCGGGACGCGCUGUUCGUGGCGGCGGGCUGCAAGGUGGAGGCGUUCGCGGUGGUUGGCCAGGAGCUGUGCCAGCCGAGGUGUGCCUUCUCCACGCCGGGCCGGGUGCUGCGCCUGGCCUACAGCGAGGCGGGAGACUAUUUGGUGGCAAUUGAGGAGAAAAACAAAGCCACGUUUCUCCGGGCUUAUGUGAACUGGAGGAGCAAAAGGACGGAAACCUCCCGCGUGUGCGUCCGAAUGGUCGGGCACCAUGGGGAGGCGCCUUUCAGCGAGACCUUCAGGGACCAGCUGUCCAUCAUCGAGAUGCCGCUGUCCGAAGCCCCCUCGUGCGUUUCCUGUUGCCCUGGGAGUGGAGACCUCCUCGUUGGCUGCACGGAUAAGCUGGUCUUAUUCCGCCUGACUUAUCAGGCGGUUAACGAGGACUUCUCCAUACUGGACUUUGAACGUUCAUUAAUUAUACACAUAGGUAAUAUCGCUCCUCUAGAGAUUUCUUUCUGUGUUGGCUAUGUCGCUGUCAUGUCAGACUUAGAAGUCUUGGUCCUGAAACUGGAGUCAGACCCGCAGAAUGGUGGCAGCAUUCAUCACCGGCCACCGAGGACCAGCGGCAGUCCAAGGAAACGGGCAGAGGAAGUCAUGAGCAGUGACCCUUCCCAGCUUGACUCAGAUGAUUUCGUCAUGUGCCUGAAGCCCACGGAGCUUCUCGGUGACAAGAGCCGGCAGUCCGGGGUGUGCGUGACGCUGGAGUCGACGGGCUUAGCCGAGGCGAAGAGAAAGUACUUCCAUGUUCAGCACCUGCUGUACAGACGCUUCACGCCUGACAUUUCCUCGUACGUCUCGCCUGACGACAUCAAGCUGCAUUCCCUCCAGCUGCUGCCUGUUUACCAAGCGGGCACGUCCGCCAGGGCUGCGGGGCCGGGAGGUUCUCUUACUUCCAAUGGGAAAAAUCCACCUGAGGCGAAAGAGUUGCUGAGUGUCUUCUGUUUUUUCUCGCUGCCCCACGUGGGCUAUCUCUACAUGGUGGCCAAGUCUGUGGAGCUGCUGUCAGUCUAUCAGUACCCCGAGACGUCUCAGCAGGCUGUGCUCACCCCAUACUUCCUGCACGUCAUCACAAGGUACCGUCACCUCUGUGGCUACAGCACCAGGAAGUUUGACAAAAUCAGCAACGACAAGAAUACUGGCAGCAAUGAAAACAGCCACGUGAAUUGCCAGCAGAAGAAACCCCGGGAUUUCGAGCACGCUUGCCCACCUGUCAGUAUGGAUGUCUGUGCCCUGAGGAUACAGCUCUUCAUCGGCCUGAAAGCCCUCUGCCACUUCAACAACCACGUCACACUCCUGACCAAGGCGGGCCCGGAGACCGUCCCAGCACAAAGACAGUCGCCCAAGAGGCUCCUUUCCAGAAAAGAUAACAGUGUUAAGCCCAAAGCUGCUCCUGUGGCCGAGGCCGGGUGGAAUUUAUAUAUUGUGAACACGGUGUCACCGGUGCAGCUCUACAAAGAAAUGGUCGACUACAGCAACACCUACAAGACUGUGAAGACCCAGAGCUGCAUCCACCUUCUCAGCGAGGCCCACCUGCUGGUGAGAGCCGCCCUGAUGGCCGGGCACCAGCUGGAGCCCGGAGAGAAGGCGGAGCUCUUGGAGGCGUUUAGAGAAAGCGCCGGGCACCUGGGAGACUGUUACAGCAGGCUGGACACCCAGCAAGCGCACCUGGCCUUGCCGUACUACAAGAUGUCCGGGUGGUCUAUGGCUGAGGUUUUGGCCCGAGCGGACUGCACCGGGGAGGACGGAGCACAGAAAUACGAGAGGGGCUUGGUCUUUUAUAUGAAUCACGCUCUCUACGAAGACCUGGAUGAAGAAUUAAGUGAAGAAUUGGCAGCGAAAGUCAUCCAGAUGUUCCAUGUCACCGAGCCAAAGCAACUCCCCCACGUUCUCUGUAGCCCUUCCAUGAAGAAGGCGAACCCCCGGACGGCCCUGAGCUAUCUGCGGAAGCUGGACGCGGCUGGGUUCUCAUCAGUCGUAGUGACCCUGGCCAAGGCAGCAGUGGCUCUGAAACUGGGUGACCUCGACACGCACAGGCAUGAGAUGGAAAGCCAUUCAGAGAUGAAGCUGGUUUGUGGCUUCAUCCUGGAACCUCGACUUCUGAUUCGGCAGCGGAAGGGACAGACUUUGCCAACGGAGCUGGCCGCUCACCUCAGGGAGACACGGCCUGGGUUGAUUGUGGCCUCGAUCCUGGGUCUACAGAAGAACAACAAAAUUGGAUUGGAAGAAGCAGAUUCCUUUUUUAAGGCGCUUUGUGGUAAGGAGGAAGAUACGAUUCCCCAGCUCCUGGUGGACUUCUGGGAAGCCCAGCUUGUGGCCUGUCUCCCGGAUGUGGUCCUUCAGGAGCUGUUUUUCAAGCUCACGUCACAUUACAUCUGGAGGUUAUCGACCAGGCAGCCGCCCGACACCGCCCCACUGAGGACGUCAGAGGAGCUGAUAAAUGCCUGUGGUCAUUAUGGCUUAAUUUAUCCGUGGGUUAAUGUUUUAAUAUCAUAUGAUUCCUCGGCUGAUAAAAAUUACACAGAAGACCUUUCAAAAUUACAGUCUCUCCUCUGUGGCCCUUCGUUUGACAUAGCCUCCAUGAGCCCCUUCCUGGAGCUGCUCCCAGAGGACACCGCGGCCGGCCUCAGCGUCCACGUGCUGUGCCACACGCGCCUGAGGGAGUACGGGCAGUGUCUGGACGCGCUCCUCGAGCGGUGCCCGGAGGCGGUCAUCCCUUACGCCAAUAGCGAACUGAAAGACGAGAACCGGACUCUCUGGUGGAAAAAGCUCCUGCCUGAACUCUGUCAGAGAAUAAAACGUGGCGGGGAGAGGUCCCAGGUCUACGUGUCGUCCUUGAAAGAGACGCUGUCGGUGGUCGCCGUGGAACUGGAGCUGAGGGAUUUCCUGAACGUCCUCCCCGAAGACGGCACGGCAGCCUUUUUCCUGCCGUAUCUUCUCUACUGCUGUCGGAAGAAGUCCUUGACUUGAGGGCCACCGUGGCUCGUGCGGUUGCAGUCUGAAGCGCCGAGUGCCCGGUGAAUCAGCGAGGAGUCCAUUUCCCUGUUGAAUGUGCGUGCUGCGUGCGUGCGUGCUGCGUGCGUGCGUGCUGCGUGCUGCGUGCGUGUGUUGGGGGAGGGGGAGGGUAAUGGAUGUUACAGGUGCUUUCCUUACCAAGCAGUGGCUCUUGCUCAUUUUUAAAUUUAUGACCUGAGUGUAUUUAAUUGUCCCAAAUGUGAAAAGAAAGUCUCAAGACAUAAUUCCACGAAGAAUCAGUAUUCCUCCCCCGCCACCCCUCUCUUCUCCCCUCCUGUGGCACCCGAGGCAAGGCAGCCAGCCCUGCACGGACUCUCCUGUCAUAGCUGUGACAUGUCCAUCGAACUGUACCCCAGACACCCUAUUUUGUUAAAGGAGGAGACAGGUUUUUAUUCCAAGGGCUGACAUAAACUCAUGAUUGUUGGCCACACGACAAUCUUCUUCAUCCCAGAAGUACCUUAAAGGAAUAUUUGCAAAUGUUACCUGAAAGAAGGUCACUCUACGUGGUCUGGAACUUUCUUUUUGCUGUUUCCAGAUUUGCCUGUGGGGCCACCGGGUGGAUUGUUCAGGUUUGGGCUUCUCAUAGAUGUUGCAGGAUUUCAAGCAUACUUCCCUUGUUUCUUGAUGUUUCUCUCUGUGCAUCAACUAACGUAGGGGGUUACUAAGCGAAUUGUGUUCUUGUCUGGCAGUUAACAUGAUUCAUUGAAUGCAUGGUUUUGAGCCAAAUUCUUUCUUUUUUUUUUUUUUGCUGUCUACUCUUGCCCUUCUAGUCUAUGUGAACAUACAUGUAUGAUUGGAUUUCCAACCAGGCCUCCUGUUAAAGACUAUUUGGGAGCUCAAGUUCAGCCCAUUGAUAGUGGCCUUUUGCUCAGUUUACAACUGUUUAGAAGCGUUUCUCCUCCCAGCAACAUUCAUUUUUACUGGAUUAUUCUAUAAAAAUGUUUUUUAACUUG